AAAAUUUUGAAUAAACAUUAUGGUUUUAUUGAUGUAAUAAUUAAAAUAGAUAGUCAAAUAAAUGUUUUGACUAUGAUGAUAGAAUAAUUUUUAAAAGGAAGCAAAUUAAAAACUAGCUUUCACUGGUAAAAGUUAGUUAAGGUAGUUGAGCUUCAAAAGUCAAAAUCAAAACCAACUUCCACAAGCUACCUUAUUAGCCCUUCUCUAUCUCAUGUAUAUAUCAUUUACACAAAGUAACCAUAAAAACAUUACCAUUUCAUUUCCACAAAACAAAAAUUCUAUUUAUUUUCUUGACCAGAGGAAAAAAAGAGAUUCAGUUUGCCUAAACCCCUAAAACACACAGCAAAAUGGAUCCCAGAUUUUGCCUGAUCUCAGCUCUAAUCUUCUUGUCUCUACUUUCAAACUCUCCCAUAUUGAUUCUUGCUCAAAUCAGUACUCCGUGUUCACCAACCAUGCUCUCAAGCGUUACGGGGUGCAUGAGUUUUCUAACGGGAGGUGGUAGUUCUCCGACUUCUGAUUGUUGUGAGGCUCUUAAAUCGUUAACCGGAACCGGUUUGGACUGUUUGUGUCUAAUUGUAACCGCAAGUGUGCCCAUUAAUAUUCCUAUUAACCGAACUCUGGCCAUCUCUCUUCCUCGUGCAUGUGGCAUGCCUGGUGUCCCCGUUAAAUGCAAAGCUUCUGCAGCACCUCUUCCUGCUCCAGGCCCUGUGUCUCUCGGUCCAACCACUCCUACAGAAACGCAAUCUCCUCAAGGCUCAGCUUCUUUCGGUCCUACCACUUCUCCAUCAAGUUCGAUAACUCCUGAUGACCAGAAUAUUCCCGCAUCGGACAAGGGAGAAAACCCGACAGCCUCAACUCCUUCAGCCUCGUCGCCUUCCUCUUCGCACUCUAUCAAGCUUCCGCUUCUUCUACUUACUUUUUUCGCCUUUCAGAUUAUCAGUUUACUCUUAAGUUAAGCCCAAUUACAUAUAUCAUAAUAUCUGGAUCAUUACUUUCAUAUUGAUCUGAUUCUGGUUAAAUACUGUUCUAAAUUUAUUUGAAUUUGAUGCUUGCAUGUCUCGUAUAAACAAAGAUGUUACCACAAAAGUUUAUCCACACCAAAUUAAGUGGUUAUUAAAGCUAUGAAAAAUACACCAAAAGGUUCCAGAAGAU